UGUAUGUAUGAGAGAGCGAGUGAGUUUGUGUGAAACUGUGUGAGAGAGCCGUAAGCAGGGAUAAGAUGAGCUGAACUGGAGUUAGGAGAGUGGGCGGUUCCGAGUGGUUUUAAUCAGCAGCCCGUUAGAGGAUCAUGGAAAACUUUUCUGGCUCCCAGGAUAAGAGGAGCUGGAAAGUUCAGGAAGAGGAAUGGGAGCAAACCUGAGCGAGCCAUGGAGAAAGUGGACGGAUUUGGAGCUUUUGUGCUGACCCAAAAGUCCUGAGCCACGAUGAAGUUUGCAGUCAUGUGGUCCAGGGACAAGUAAAGGUGAACUGGUCAUGAUUCGUCGCCAGAUUUUCCUCUGUUGCCGAUGUGUUUUCCCCCGGCCUUUCUUUCUGGGGAUAGUGGUAGCCGUCUGUCUCUUCUACCAGAUGCUGACCCUCAUAGGGUCAAGGAGAUUUAUGUCUGCUGGGAAGGGACUUUCACCAAACAAGCUGAUCGAGGCAUCCCAGGGGAGAGUCAAAGACACGUUUUCAAGAGCCACAGUUUGCUUCUUUCCCUCUGGUGAUCCACAAGCAAUCGAAAAGAUUGAAGAAUCUGUCGCUAAGCACUUUGGCAGUCAUGGGAGAAGAGCUGUGCUUCACAUACCUCCUUCCCACUGCAAGAUGGAGAUGGAGCUUUAUCAGCGCAUCCUCACUCGCCAUGGAUAUCUGGUGGUCCUGUCGGAAGGGAAACACCGGUCUGCCGUCGGGCUUGGGGACCUGAACCCAGGUGACUCUCACUCUUGGGAUCUUCUCAUCUGCUUAUCUCCAUACAAAGUUGAUGAGGAGCCAUGCAUUGCAAAGGAAGACUUCCACCACUUAGGACUUCAUCAGAAGGUAAAUAUGCUUCCAGAAAUCCAGCACCAGCUUUGCAGAAGGGAAGGACUAUGCCAGAUGAUUAAGAGAUUUCCAGAAUUGCACCUCCCCAUCACACCCUCUGUGUGUCUGGAUCGGCCCAUGCAGCCCAGAAGGAAUUCCAAAGGUCGUUUUUGGAAGACGGAGGUGUCCCGGGAGACCCGUUUGGUCCAUGGCUGGCACCUGUGGAAUUGGCCCAGCAACCCACACCCCAAUCAAACCCCAGUCCCAGUUGUAGCUGAGGAGCCCUUUAAAGCCCGAGACCUUUCUGUGAUCAUUAAAGCAUAUGUCCUGGUGACCUCUUUAACGCCUCUGCGGGCAUUUAUUCACUCAACGGGAACCGUUUGGAAUCCACCCAAGAAAAAACGCUUCUCUAUAAAGCUGCAAACAUUUUUUGAGACAUUCCUCCAAGUGAGCUCCCCGCUGCAGGCGUUUGACAACAUGAAGGAAGCUAUCAGCAAACUUUUACUCGUAGCAGAAGUGUCCAGUGAAGCACCUGCCCAAGGACCAAAGACCUUCACUAGAUGCAGAUUAUGUUUUCAACUUCUAACCUUUGAUAUUGAUUAUAGCAGCUCCUUUGAGCCAGUGGUUCUUGAGGUGCAUGAAGAUUUUGAAUUUCCUGUUGAUGAUAGCUUAGAUGUUGAGGACCAAAUCACCAAAAAAUUCCUUGUUGAAGAUACUUUCAGUUUUCUCUUAGCCAAAGAAUCUUCCGUUUCCAUUCAUUCCGAAGCAUUUUGGAGAGCUUUCAGGCCAGGAACAGUUAAGGAUGAAACACAUGAAAAGGAAUAUAACCGAUGUCUGCCUUUAGAAGAGAUACAUUUGAUGAUGACUUUUGCCCAGGAACUCAAGAAUCUGGGACAGUUUCAACUGCUCUUACCCUCCAAGGCUCCUCGGAUUCAAACUCUGCUGAGUACGAUUAAUUACCUCACAGAGCCAGCGCAAAACCCUAGUUCAGUUCCAACAAGAUACUGGCUUCUGUUAAAUUUACUUGAACAAUUUCAGCUAAUGAAUCAAAAGGCAUCUGUGCAUCCUUUCGAAUGGAAAAGCAAGAUGAGCAUUAGGAAUUCAUUCAAGAUAGUACUGAAACAACCAAGCCUCAGGAAUUCUUUCUCAGAAGAAAAGCACAUUAAGCACAGAAUGCCUUUUGACGUUCCUGAAAGACAGAAAGUGCCCAACUUUUUUAAUGAGACCAAAGACGUACACUGCAGUAAUGAUAAAGACACCCUAUCUCACAUCAAGCACAUCUUUACCAAUCCACAUCUGGACCUGAAUCCUGAAUUUAACCCAAAGAUCCGAGAAUACUCCUGUGAAGUGCCAUUCAGCGUGGUGAUGGUGAAAAUCGGAGCCGAGAGCUCAAACUGCCAGUGCAAGGUACACCUGGACGAGAGGACAGGACCGAGCUUUGCAAACUACCCUCUGGGCCUCGGAGUGAACAAAAUCACUCUUCUCGUGGUAGAUGAAUCCCAAGUCAACGGCGACAUCCUAAGCAGUUACAGAAUCACCAUUUAUCGGGAAGACCGUCCCAGUUUGCCUGUGUUUGAUGACUUCAUGGCCUGUGGUUUUGUGCAGGACUGUGGGCUACUGAUUCAUUCUGAUAAGCCCUGUGGUUUACAAACGCUCUCUUCCGAGUACAUUGCAGCAAUUUCACAGCCUGACCUGCAGAUCUGUGACUCCGGAGAUGCCAGAGGGCAAUGGAUUGUGCCAUGCCUCAGCUGUUCCGACAACAGGACCUGUGACUGGAGAGAAAUAACGUGGCAGCCUCAAAAUUGUCAGUUCGGAGUCCUCCCUAAGCCUCAACUCCAGCGCUGCUUGGACAGAAGAAAGGUUCUCUUCAUCGGCGAUUCAACAAACCGGGGGAUAAUGUACUACCUGAUUGAGAGGGUAAAUGAAACCCUUCAAGAAUGGCAGAAGUUGCAUGGCACAAAAACCUACCCCAACAUCAACGAUGGGAAAACCCUCAUCAGCUAUUCCUAUUACCCUCAGUUCUGGAUUCACAGUACCCGGAGGCCCACAUUUGAAAAAGCCCUAGAACAACUUUUGCAAAGAUCGAGGCCCCUUGAGAACACGGACCAGACUGUGUUGGUUGUAGGAGGUGUUCAGUGGCUCAAUUCCAAUCACCUGCAAAUUAUUUGGAAGGUCUUGAAAAGAGAAAACUUAUUGAAUAUCCUGGUGGUCAUCAAAACCAUAGGAAUGGGGUUUCAUCUGCCAGUGGAUGGAGUGCAUUCUUUAUCACAGAGUGAAGUAAAGAAUUUAUGGAAAGAAAAUCUACUUAUCCUGGAUUCUGCAAAAAUAUAUGGCUUUGAAGUGAUCGAUACGUUCCAGAUUACAAUGGGCCGCCACAAGGAAUUUCUGCAGGGGAAGUGUGGGUGCCAUUUCCAUGAGGUUGUUAAAUCAAAGGCUUCCAAAGACCAUCACCUUAUUAAAAUGAAACUCUCAAGGCACCAUGGGGUGGGGAAAUAUUUUAGCAAUCAAAGCAAACUGUCACGACUGCAGGACUCUGCACCAAAUGUUCAGUCACCGUAUCACGUCAGAGGUCCAAUUAAUCGAGCCUAUUCUGAAAUCCUUCUCAGCAGGAUCUGUGCAAGUCGAAGAACUACAUAGGCUGCUACAGGAGAAUUGUUUUAGUCAGAGAUUCCCAUUUCCCCAGCUAAUGACAUGGGAACCAUAUCAAAUGUACUACAUACUUCUCUGAUUGGUUGCACACACACAGCUCAAAACAUGUGGCACUUUUCCUAAAGCUUUAUAAAGUCAAGAUGUGCCCCUGCAGAUCUGUGGUUUCAGAAUGGAAGAUGGAGAAACACAAAGAAAAAAAAAAUAUUACUUGAAGAACUGCCAAGUGUUAGAAACAGCUGUGGGCAGGGCCACGUGCACUGUGAUAGGAAAGAGAAACGGAGACACUGUGACUGGAGGGAAAGGGAAGUUGAGAAGCUUGAGCUCCAUUUCAAGCUCACCAGUAGAUACAUAAAUAGGAAAGGGAGAAAAAGGAGUUACAUUCCAUUCGUAAAUGGGUUCUCGUAUCCUCGUAUCUCGUACCCAGAAGAAAAAGUGUAGUGCAUCUGAGGAUGGAAAACAGUUCUCAGGUCUUCUGGAGGAGGAGAAAGAAGAGGAAUAGUGACCUAUUUAGGAGAAGCAGGUGAGGUUAGACAAGAGUGGGCCUGGAGGAAAUUGACUCCGCCACUUUCACUGAAAGACACCGUUGCCCUGAAUGCCGCCUAAUCAGAUUAUGGAGAUUUUUCCCAGGACUUUUCAUUAACAUUCCCCUUCCACCCACUGGGAGAAACCUCAGUGGAAUAUCAUCAAACUCAAUCGAUAGUGACCUUGGAAGGAAACCAAAUCUAGUAUCUGGGGUGUGGUCAUGUUUUUAUUUUAAGAUGCUAUAAUAUCAGUGAUGCGUUUCGGGCUUAUGUCACUAAAAAUGGAGGGGAAAGGAAAAAAACAUUCAGUUUUUCUUGAAUUCUUCUGCUCUUUAAGAAAUGAAUAGGUACAUUUUUGCCCACAAAGUGUUCAUAAAUAUCCUUUAAAUGUUGGGCAGUAUUAUCGCAGACUUUAGGCUUUGUUCACUCUAUUUUUGAAAAAUAAUGUAAGUUAUAUUUUAGAGCUUAAAUAAUAUCAGGGCAGCAUUUUAAUUCUCUCAUAAUAUAUAUUUUUCUUAAUGUGGUUAUGCAUUCGCAAGGUGUAUAUAAUUCAGUAAUUCUAAUUCUUAUUUUAAGAAUUUUCUUUUCUAUACAUUUCAAUUCAAAUGCUGAGUUUCUUUUCUGAACAUAAAUAGUCUAGUAUAUGCUGUUGUAUUUGGUAUUUUUAAAACAAAAGUAUUAUUUUUUUAAGUGUUUGAGUUCAUAACUGAAAUUAUCAAAUGUGCAAUACCUCAAAUCAAGUUUCAUUACACUUAGAAAAUUUGAUAAUUUCCUUGCUAUAGCACCCAGUGUCAAUAUCAGACAUUGUGAAUUUCAAUAAGA